AUGGAAGCCGAGUACGGUGACUGGAAGUCUCUGCCACAAUCUACUAAGUACCGGGUGGGGGAUCUCUUCUGCCCUGGCCCAAGGUUGUUAUCAUUUACCGAGAUUCUGGUCACCUGCCUCGGGCGGCGGCACCGCGAACGCCUCGGGCGGCGGCACCGCGAACCCCGCGGGCUUCGCGGAGGCCCUGCUCUUCGGGUAUUUACGGCGCGCGGCCGCCCCAGCUCCGGCUCAAGUCUGCGCUUCCAGGUUCAGUUUCAGGGUCUCGCCGGCAGCCCCGGCCGGCGGGCGCGCGGCGUUCAGCGGGGCCGCGACGGCUGGGUCCUCCGGGGAGCCCCCCGGAGUUGGGAGGUGGCGUCCGGGAGUCCCCGGAGGAGGAUGGGCUGCGGACACAGCAGGCUGAGCUGCUGCAAAGCCCCCAAAAAGAGGCGCCAAAAACCAGAUCAGCCCCCCAGACCAGAGCCACAGGAACUAGGUCCACUCAACGGGGACACAGCCACAGCUGUCCAGCUCUGUGCAUCUGAGGAGGCUGAGGAGUGCCAGAAGGAGAUAACCAGAAUUCUCCAGCAACACGAAGAGGAGAGGAAGAAAUGGACACAACAGGUGGAGAAGGAGAGGGAGCUAGAGCUUCAAGAGAAACUGGAUGAACAGCGAAGAGUCCUGGAGGGAGAGCAUGAGGAGACCCUGCAAGUCCUCCAGGCCUCACAUGAGCAAGAGAAGGAAGCCCUUGCCCACUCCUUCCAGGAGGCCAAGGUGACCCUGCAGGAGACCAUAGAUGGACUGUCCUCACAGCUGGAGGUCUUCCAGGCCAAGAUGAAGAGGGUAGAGGAGUCCAUUCUGAGCCGAGACUAUAAGAAGCACAUCCAGGAUUACGGGAGCCCCAGCCAGUUCUGGGAGCAGGAACUGGAGAGCCUACACUUUGUCAUCGAGAUGAAGAACGAGCGCAUUCACGAGCUGGACAAGCGGCUGAUCCUCAUGGAAACAGUGAAAGAAAAAAAUCUGAUGUUGGAGGAAAAAAUCACCACCCUGCAGCAGGAGAACGAGGACCUCCAUGUCCGGGCCCGCAACCAGAUGGUUAUGUCAAGGCAGCUCUCGGACGACCUGCUUCUCGCCCGCGAGGCCCUGGAGAAGGAGUCCCAGUUGCGGCGACAGCUCCAGCAGGAGAAGGAGGAGCUGCUGUACCGGGUGCUGGGGACUGACGCCUCCCCUGCCUUCCCCUUGGCCUCUGUCACCCCCACCGAGGUCUCCUUCCUCGCCAGCUAG